AUGCAGCGCCGAGGGUCCACCUUGCUGCUCUUGCUGGUGCUGCCUGCUCUGCUGGUGCUGCUGUUGGGGGCUGCCACCGCGGCUCCCCUGGCACCCAGACCCUCCAAGGAGGAGCUGACGCGCUGUCUGGCAGAGGUGGUCACAGAAGUGCUGAUGCUGGGCCAGGCCAGGCAAGGCCCCUGCCUGGCUCUCCUCCACAGAGAAAUGUGUGAGACAGAGUCCUCUGGCUGUCGGCCCACUGCAGAGAACGGCCUCCUGGUUGGGGAUUUUAAAAAGCCAGAGGCUGGGAAGACGCGGUCCAGCCAGGAGGUGAGGGAUGAGGAAGAGGAGGAGGCGGCAGAAAGGACGCACAAGUCUGAGGUGCGGGAACAGGCCGUCCGUGAGCAGCUCCACAGCCGGCUCCACCAGGAGGACCACGAAGAGGAGGAAGAGGAAGAAAAGAAGAGGGGGCCCGUGGAGACCUGGGAGGGCCUGUGGAAGCAGCUUCUGGAGGGCGGCAGGGGCCCCCAGAAGCGGGUGGCAGAGCAGGCCAGCGAUGAGGAGACGGCCCAGAUUGAGGCAGAGGAGAAGGGAGUGCAGGUGCUGGGCGGGGGUCGCAGCCUGUGGCAGGGGGUCAAGGCGGGUGGAGAGAGACAUGAGAACCACCACCACUUCCGCCAGCCAGAAGCCGAGCCACGGCGGGAGCAGAAGGAAGAGGCUUCGGACAGGGAGGGGCACCAUGUGGAGCGGCUGGAGCACAUGAGCGAUGAGCUGAAGGCGGCGACGGAGAUGCUGCGAGAGGAGCUCAGGAGGGGCGGCUGACCUCACGUCCUCCCCCUUCCCCACACACCCUGUACGGCU